GUCCCAGCGGCACGUCCGUAGUGCGUGGUUAGGAAAGGGCUCCGUGCUUAUUGGGAAUCCCCGCCGAAUCAAGAAAUCCCUGAAUGCUAGUAUGGCACGGUACGAUCGCGAGAGCGCACGGUACGAACGUGAGCAUCCGCUGCGGCGGGCAAUCCCUCCAGAGAAUACGGCAUUGGACAUGCACAGGGACGAAUACGCAGCAUCGCGUUUUGUAUUAGCUGAUCGGAUCAAGUUUAUAAGGGUCAUCUCUCAUCUCUUGAAGUUCCUUGAUAACCGUUUGGAGAAGGGGCCGUUAAUGUGCCGGUGUGAGUUUACUGUUGUUAAAACGCGGCACUAUGGACAAUGUGGUUCUAAAAUUUUAACUCAUUGUUAGGGAAUUAUUGUAAAAUAAAAUAAUAAUUCUAACGCGCGCAACCGUCAGGAUACAGGAACAUAUUGCAAUCAAGCCUUUCCUUACUGGAAUUCUUGGUUGUACAUCAUUACACCAUAGUUUCGAAACACUUUCCAUCGAAUGAUCGUGAUCGCUUAAUUAACAUAUGAUAGCAGAGAGGGGCGGGGAACGAAUACAACAUUUCUCCAUGCGUUGUUUUAACCUAUUGCUUUGCUCAUCGUGCGCCCGGCAUAGCUGUGUGUGAGUGUGAGCUGCUUAACGAAAGAUGAUCUUGCCACUGGAAUCUUGCGAUUUGAGCAGGCACGAUCGGAUCAGUCAGUUUUGGACCUCUGUUCGUGCUGGCGGAGAUCGCACAGAACAUUGCGUGUAGCCAUUUCAGGGCUGCCUUAAAAAGAAACUGAAGUGUUGGGUGGCUACUGCAAGUGGGUAUCCCUGAAACAAUACGUCAUUUUGUACAUAGUACCCCGCCGUACGUGAUGGGUCUCCAAAAAGUGCUGUUGGCGUUCGCACUGAUUGCGACCUUCAGCGAAGUGUUAUCACAAGAGGACCCCAAGUGCGUAACACCGACAAAGUCGGAGGGAUUCUGCGUUUCAAUUGAACGAUGCCGGAACAUCUACUCGAUCGUCACCUCACCAACACCACCGUCGCGAGGGAUACAGAAUUAUAUUAACCGUGCUGCCUGUACGCUGCCCGGUGUGGAGCGUAGCAUAUGCUGUCAACCGGUGGAGGUCGAACCGGUCCCCGUUACAACCACAACUACCUCAACAACCACCGUUGCGCCACCGGUCAAAAUCGGCACUGCGCCAGAGUUGAUAGUUGGCGUCGAUCCCGAUCCGGCCACAUUGAACUGGAACCUGCUACCGACGACGGACUGUGGAACAAUAACGAUCAACCGGAUAGCGCACGGUAAUGCGACUCGUGUGUUUGAGUACCCCUGGAUGGUGCUGCUGCGAUACCUAUCGAAUGGUCAGCUGCUGGAUGGAUGCGGAGGAUCGCUGAUCAACAACCGUUACGUGCUGACAGCGGCACAUUGUAUUAAAACACCCAGCAGGCUGCAGCUAUCAAAGGUGCGUCUCGGUGAGCAUGACAAGCGCAAGGAAGAGGACUGUCACGUGUAUAGUGAUGGUGAAACCGAAUGUGCGGAACCAGCGAUCGAAGUUGAUAUUGCAUCGAUGAUCGUGCAUAAAAACUACAAUCGCCCGAUCAAAUUUCGACACGACAUUGGAUUAAUCCGGAUGGCCCAGGAUGUUAAGUAUAGUGAUUCCAUCAAGCCAAUUUGCCUGCCGGUAAAUGAUGCCGUAAGACGUAAAGUGUUGACGAGGUACAUCAUCACCGGUUGGGGUACGACGGAAGAGCAGUCGCUGUCGGAUGUGUUGCUGCAAGCCAUCGUUAACAAUGUUCCAAUACCGGAAUGUCAGCAAAAGAUGACCGAUAACUUCCUGCACGUGACGCUUGCCGACGAGUGGCAGCUGUGUGCGGCCGGUGAAGGCCUAGUUGACUCCUGCCAGGGUGACUCCGGUGGCCCGUUGGGCUUCAGUGUGGACGUAUCCGGGGCUAAAUUCGUGCAGUACGGUAUCGUUUCGGCUGGUGUGAAAUCGUGUGGUAAGGAAAGUGUGCCCGGAAUUUAUACGCGUGUGGCCAGCUACAUGGAUUGGAUAGUGGCCAACAUGAAACCUUGACAAUAGAGAUGUCCUAAAUAUCCUCCAGCUAGGCAACGACAAACUAUGUGAAAUAGCAAAUAAUGAUAUGAGAUUAAAAAUUUGAUACACAAAGCAAUGAUGGAUUUGUUUUAUCAUUGAAACAUUUAAACAAUACGAUGGACUAACUAUCAGCACAAAAAUCCCUGAGAAGGUUCGUGAACUUAAUAUGCAGGCGUAAGAUGAUGAUUACAAACGUGAACGUGAACGUGGGCUAUAGCUAAAGUGAAAGCGCGAAAUGUAGCAAAGAGGGAGCUGUUAAUUAUAAAAACAGUCUUACUUUUCCCACCCAUAUGUGCCGUGUUCUGAUGAUGCUAUGCUAAGUUAUGCAAAGAUUGUGUGCACUCACUACUGGCGAUCGUUUGCUGUAAGUGUGUGAGAUGUGGUGAUGCUGGUGAGCCUUCAAUCUGAUUCACCAUUGAUAAUUGAAAGCGCAAAACCAUCUUCAAACCAUCCAUGCUACCCCGGAGCGCAUGGAAUCGCCAUUCUCAUUUCACAGUGAUCCCGGAUCGCUAGGGAUCACAAUCCCCAAACAAGACAUCAUUAUUUCCAUGCAACGGCAACGGAUUUCCGUGAUCGGAACAACCA